UCUCUUUGAAUUCAAUGGUAAGUUCCAUCUUCAUGUCCCAAAGGCCAGCUCACCAGCUCUCUGUUCCCAGCAAGGGCUAUAGGAUCACCCAUGGAAUUGUCAUGGGGUCUGCAGAGCCACCAUGUGGACUUGCCACAGGGGGCUGCAGGGCCACCACAGGAACCCCCACGGGGGCUGCAGUGCCACCCACGGCUCACAGCGUUGGGUGAGGGGCACUGCCAGGCUGGGCAGAGUGCAGAGGCCCCAGGGACCCCUCUACAGAGGUUCCAGCCCAGGUCCCUCUGAGCAGUGGGCUGAGAGCCCGGCCUGGUCCGGUGGUCUACUCCCAGGCAGCUCAGUGGAGUGUUUUUUGCAUUGGGUGCAGGAACAGAGCCACAUCCCAUCCUGGCCAUCCUCCCCCCAGGUACUCGACUCCCAAAGGGGCCAAGUCCCAUUCCAGCCAUCCUCCCUCCUGAGGUGCAUCCCUGUGACACCAGCCUCUUCUCAGAAGGAACGUACUCACACAGAAAACAAACUGGGAGCAGGUGCCAGGUGUGACGCCUCCUGGAGGAAGCCACAAGCCAGCACAGCACAGGUUGGAAGACAAUAUCACAUUCAUGGUGAACCAGCCCAAAUACCAAGGAACAAAGUGUGGCAGCAGGAUGCCGAGUCAAGCACUGACAGAUCACUGUUUGUAUGUGCAGGGGAUGAGGUGUCCCCUUGACUGCCCUUCACUGAAAAAGAAGCUUUAUUCCUCAAGGCUUUGGCCAAUUUUUUUUUCCAGACAACUCUGCAGAUGGAGCAGUAACUAGAUUUUGCUUUCAUUAAUCCACGGGCAAAAUACUGCAGAAGAAGGGAAGCAGGCAGGCCUGCAAGCGCAUUUGUGCCCAUCAGUUUGCACUGCUCCCAGCAGCUUGGGCAUCCUUUUCUGUGGAGCUACCACAGGAAAAGCUGAGCAGGAACCACACAAGAGCAACAUGCCACAUCGUUUCCACUCUUGGGAACAAAACCUGGAUGGCCACAACUGAGACAAAGCAGUUCUUCAUGCAUUUAAUCCAUGGCAACAGACCUAAUUUGCAGAAGGACUACACAACCCCACUGCUUGUAGCCUAGCUCCUCUUUGUGCAGAGCUCUUGGGCAAUGCUGCUGCAGCUGGGAGAGGUCAGCCAAAAGCCAUGUCCACAUCCCUGCUGCUCUCUGCCCACUUUUCUCCCUUCAGCGAGCCUCAGUGGGGAAGGGAGCAUUCUCCUUGGGUUCUUUUCUUUCACUCCCUCUUUACACACACUUCCUUUGUCCCACCUUGCUCUUUCCCUUCCUCUUACAAACUGUAUCGAAAGCACAAUCUCAGUACUUACAUUGAUAUGUUCUAUUUACAGGGCUAUAAAACACUCAUAAAUCAAUACUAAUAUCAUGGUUUAAAUAUUAAUAUAUAUAUAUAUUGGAAAUAGAAGACCCUGUCUACUCCUGUUCCCUGGGUGGAAAGAAAAGUAGCCUUUACCCUGGAAACUGUAUCAGCACAUGAAUCAGAUUCCUGUAUUGCCUGUUUGUAGCUAUUAGCAUCUGAAGAGAGAUUCCACUUUCUGUAGCACCCAAGCAAGCAUCCUGCCUGUGGUUUCCCCAAAGACCGACACCAAACCUCCCAUUUUGGCUCCCAAACCAAUCAAGUGGAGCCAAAUGCCCCAGUCACUGGUGUAGUGGCUGCUGAAGGAGAGCUGAGGCCCUGGAGGCCCUGUUCCACAUACCGAACCCUGCUGUGCUUUUAUUGUUUGGAAACUGCAGCUACACUUGAUAACUUGGCAGAGACACAGCCAUCAACUAGGUCACUUGGAUACAGUCUCUCCACUGCUGUUAAAGAGCUUCCCCAUUCCUAAAGUCCUCUCACAGAAUAGUAGCAGCUGCUGAUUCAUCCCCCUCUUCAGGAAAACAAAACGUGAGAGCUGGAAAGGCAGCCAGGCAGAGCAGGAGGCGCUUUUUCCAUCCCACAGCACUUGAGAGGAAUAUACAUACCCUGUCCAUGUGCUUGCUCCAGGGCAAAGGAGGAGCUGAGGCCAUUUUUGGUCCUGAAUGUACUACAGUAAAUACAACAGACCGAAGCCAGAGCAUAUCUCCGUGGCCCUGGGGCCCCAAGCAGAGAUGUUUUCUUGGGGCCAUCUUGCUUUGGAAGGAGACGGCAUUGGCAGCAGUUUGCUUGGACUGCAGGUGCUGUGUUGCUGGGGCCCUGCUCUGCCUGGACGCAGGGCUUCCAGGGUUACUGGUUUCUUGCCAGCAAAACAUGUAUCUACUCAGCUGCUGAGAAGGCAAAGCAACAUGAGUAACCUUGCUUCAGCAGCUGCAAAGCGGGCAAGGAAAUGGGCUGAGACCUAAGAUGGGAGCUGGGGGCUUUUGUCCAGUUGCCUCACCCUGAGCAACCUGCUGUGCUGGGAGCAGAUCCCUGCAGAGAAACCACCCUGACUGCUCCAGAGCCACAGCAGCCUGCUUAGAAUCAACUGCCAGCUCCAGCCCCUAGAAAGUUCAAGGCUUUAGUUUUGGGGAGUCGUUCUUGUUGUUUCCUCAUCAAUUUUGUUCAGGACUCUGGUGCUGGGGUCUGCCAAGCCACUGUUUCCACCAUACUUGAAUAUCUUUGCCAUGGACGUGCACCCCGGCCACACAGCUCUCCUGAAAGGCAGACACAUGUUCACAUCUGCCCAGCCCCUGAGGGGCGCAGGGCAAUGACACGUCCUCUCAUCCCACCAGCAGUCCUGUGGGACUUGUCCCAGCACCCGGGCAGGGAGGCGGGUGCCGCUGCAGUCCCACCAGCCCUCCUCACAGCCCACGGCAGCCCCCACUUCCCGCACGAAGGGGCCGCCAUCACAGCACGGCGGGACCGCCCCGCCUCAAGAUGGUGCCCGGCCGGCUCCGCACCGCCCCGCCUCAAAAUGGCGGCGGGCAGGGCCGGCCUCUCCCGCCCCCCUCAGCCGGGGCGGCGCCUGCGGCAGCAUGGCGGACGAUAAGGACCCGCUGCCCAAGCUGAAGGACCUCGCCUUCCUGAAGGGGCAGCUGGAGAGCCUGCAGCGGCGGGUAGAGGACGAGGUGCACGCCGGCGUGGGGCAGGAUGGCUCCCUGCUGGCUUCCCCUUUCCUCAAGGGCUUCCUGGCCGGCUACCUCGUAGCUAAACUCCGCUUCUCGGCAGUCCUGGGUUUUGUGGUGGGGACGUGCACGGGCAUCUACGCAGCGCAGAACUAUGCCGUGCCCAACGUGGAGAAGACGGUCCGGGACUACCUAAGCUCUCUGAGGAAAGGUGGGGACUAGUGAGGGGAACCUGGCCGGCAGCGGCUGUAUCAGUGGCACUCCUGGGACAGGCAGUGGGGCAGGAGGCUCCUGGGGCACCCGGACACAUCCUGCGUGACGUUCCUGCCCCUUGGACAAGAGCUUCACACCAACCGUUGUGAGACACCCACAGGUCUGGUUACGGGGUGUCCGUAACCAGUAACGGUGAGAGGCAACCACACCAUUACCCCCAGCAGCUCGGACGUGUCAGCAGCCAGCUGGGUGCCAGCUGCCCUCUCCCUUGGCCCCUCUCCCUGCAGACCCCCAGUGCUGUCACUGCCCACGUGCCCUUCCACUGAGCAGGCGCCCUGCCCUAGGAGUGUGCUUUGUGUGGCUUCCUGGGGAGACUUCUGCUUCUCUCCUUAAUGAGAAACAAAGCCAUUCCCUUCCUCUGUAUCAGAAAUGUAACAGGUAAUAUCCUGUUUUAAUCAGGUUCAUUAAAUUCAUGGUAUUUGCUCUCUU